AUGUUGUUCUUAGUCAGGUCCAACUGGUGGCGGGUCAUCUCCGCGGCUUACCAGGUCUGGGCGAUCGCCGCCCCUCGUCAUUGUUAUCUGCGACCCAAACUUCAUCCUCUGUCACGACAACAAUCAGCUAACGAUUUCCUCAGACAGCGAUGGAAUACCCUGUUUCGCGACAAUGAUACCGCGGCCGACCUUCGGACGGCGCUCAGGUCAGAGCAAGGAGAGAAACUGUGCAUUGACGGGCUACGAUCGAUCUGUUGGAAGGCAUGUGCUCGUCAAAUAUACCGUCUCCGUUUAUAUACUUACCUUGAUAAGAUCUCCGAAUCGCGCAGCGCCUACGUCGCCCUCCGGUCGCAUUUUCUAAAAUACAUUGAACACCCCGAUGACCUACAAUCUACUACCGAUCCUCUGGCAGAUGACGAAGAGUCUCCUUGGCAAAACCUGCGGCGCGACGAGCAGAUGAGAGCGGAUAUAUCUCAAGAUGUCGAUAGAUGUUUGCAGGAGAACUUUUUCUUCCGAGAACCCGCCACCAAGGCAAAGAUGAUCGAUAUACUCUUUAUCUAUUCGAAGCUGAACCCGGAUCUGGGCUACCGUCAAGGGCCGGAUGAUGAGUCUAUGAUCCAGCUUCUCGAUGCUAGCUAUGUGGAGCACGACUCCUUCACCUUAUUCUGUUCAGUCAUGCAAAGUACCAGGUCAUAUUACGAACAUAAUCGACAGCGAUCGCAAAAUGGGCAGCUAGAUGCUAUCCCGAUUGUACAUCAAUGUCAAUACAUCCACGAUAAUCUCCUUAUGACAGCGGAUCUGGAGCUGGCGGAUCAUCUGCAAGCUCUAGAGAUCCUACCACAAAUCUUCCUCACACGAUGGAUGCGACUGCUCUUUGGACGCGAAUUUCCAUUCCAGGACGUACUUGUGAUGUGGGAUGUCCUCUUUUCGGAGGGGUUGCGACCCGAGCUCGUUGAGUUUGUCUGCGUCGCGAUGCUGUUGCGCAUUCGCUGGCAAUUAUUGAGUGCGGAUGCUUCGACCCGACUCAACAUGUCGAACACAAAGGCACUACAGAGCCGGAAACCUCAUAUGCGCAGCGACUUCCGGGAUGCCAGUGAAGCUAGUUCCCCCUCUAGGUCUCCUGCGCGAAACAGUCCUAAGAGUCUUGAAGCUCUUCUUCAGGAUUUCUCCGAAGGUAUCCAACGUCGGACGGAAUCUUGGGGCGUGGCCAAAGCCGUGCGAGGCGCCGUGAGUGAAGCCAAGAGGAAUAUGCAAACGAUUCAAGCGGAGCACGCACGUACUGCGAGAUCUGACACUGUCACAUCCGCGCCUACUUCUUACACUCAUCAUCGUCGCGGGUCCGAGAUCGCUGCCCAGAUGAAGGACAAAUUCGACGCUUUGGAAGAACGAAACCGUUCCCUCGCCAGAACGCUGAGCCAGGCCCUCAAUGAGAUGCGCACUCUGAUGAUGAAAGCCGACGGACUCGACAAUGCGACGAAAGACUCGGUGAAAGAGGCCCUCGCCAAGAUGCAAUCCGUCCAGACGUGUCUUGAGGAUCCAUCCGCGACUCUCGAAUCCGAAAACCCACCGUCGUCAAACACGUCUGGUAAAAUGAAUGUAGCAGCGGAAGCUCCUUCCGAUUGCCCGAAAAUGGACAACAAAGGCGAAAUCGCAGCUCCUGCGCAAAAAGAACACUCGCCUGUGGCUACGAAUCGGAUAGUAGGGUCGAAGUCGCCCCUUGGAGACGAGCCCAAGACCCGCGGUAAAGCCCAAAUCCCCACCUCAUUGCCUCCACGCCCAACCGCCCGCCCAUCAUUGGCGAAUUCGGAAUUCUCAUGGAUGCUCGGGGAUAGCCGACACAUUUCUAGUUUUGUCAGUCCGGCAUCUGUGCCGCCCGAGCAAACUCGGCACGGCGAGGCCAGGGCCAACCCCAGUUCCCUCUUCGGCAAUGGAGAUGAGGGUCCCAAGAAAUCUCCGACUGAACCGGACGGGCUCGCCUUAAGAAGCCUUCGAGGUCGUAAGGGUUGA